AUGAAUAAUAAAUUUUAUGCGAUCGUCGAAUUCGAGGACGGUCUUCAAAUUGUACCAAAUAAUUGGUUAAGAAUUGACGAAAAAUCAACAUCAUUUUGGUCAAACUUCACCAGCAACAAGCGGUAUGAGAAGGCAGUUAAACAUAUGGAGGAUCCCGAUCAUGAAACUUGGAGGCAACAUCCUGUUAAAAAAAUAUAUGGAACAUUUAACGACUAUGCAGUGGCAAGAAUAAAAUUAAAAGAAGCCGAAGAGGUAUCUGAUAUUAAUAACUCUAGCGCUGAUAUAAAAGAAAAACUUAAAAAAUCGAGAAAACAUAGAGCUGCAAAAGUAUACUAUUCAACGAGUAACGACGAUUUAGAUGAAUCAGACGACACAAUGUCAGAUAUUCCUACGUUUUCACAAAAAACUUGUACAACACAAGAAAAACCUAUCAAAAGAAUAAAAGUGACAGAUGUACAAAAGGAUCCGCAUUGUGAUAAGUCUGAUGCUUCCAUUAAUAGUGAUGAUAUAAAUAAUGUGAUGGGAACUCAGAGUGAGUCGUUUAAUCAGCAAGGUGCAUAA